AUGUCGCCAGACACACUCUCUCUAGCUGGCAAAGUGGCCAUCAUUACCGGGUCAGGCAAAGAGAACGGCAUUGGUGCAGGCAUUGCUUCUGCCCUGGCGCGCAAUGGUGCUGCAGUGGUUAUCAACUAUGUCUCCGAUACAUCUGCGUCCCGCGCCGCAGGAGUGGCCAAGAAGAUUGAAAAUGCCGGAGGCAGGGCUGUCGUUGUGCGCGCGGACGUGUCGACCCAAGAAGGAGCGAAGAACCUGGUUGAGACAUCGCUCAAGGCUUUACAGGUAGACAAAGUCGACAUUCUUGUGAACAACGCCGGUGGAGGUCCACUCAUCGAUGUCAUGCAAGCGACAGGAGAAGACGUGGAGAAAACCUUUGCACUCAAUGUCUUCGCCUCGCUGUUUAUGACGCAGGCAGUGGUGCCUGUGAUGCCUCGAGGGGGCCGCAUUAUCAACAUCGGCUCCAUCGCAUCGAAGAUGGGCAUGGCGCCCGUUGCGUUGUAUAGUGCAGCCAAAGCCGCAGUGGACACACUGUCCUAUGCCUUGGCCAUGGAGCUCGGACGUGGACAUGGAAUCACGAUCAACACAAUAGCGCCAGGGCCCGUUCAAACAGAUGGUCUGCCCCCGGGCGCGGUGGGUGACGCAAUUCCCAAGUUUCUCGUACCACUGACGAGAGCCGAAGAGAGAAUCGGAACGGCCGAGGACAUCGGCGAUGCGGUUCUGCUUCUUACCUCGGAAAAGAGUCGAUGGAUCACUGGCCAGUAUAUCUCAGCGAGUGGCGGAAUCACAGGUGGAUGA